GGUUUAGUUCCGGUUAGCCUGUUAGCCUGUUAGCUGUUACCUGUCGGCGGCAGGUGGGUGAUGUCGCGGGUCGGCAGUGAGGCGGAGCUGCGGACUCUAAAGGAGGUAAAAACAAGUUUAUCAGAGAUUGAAAAUGAAACUUUAUUACUAAACAAACAAAAAACAAAAACAACACACUGUGACCCCGAGCUCCUAACCUGCAAGGCUGGCACGAGACACCCGGUCACAUACCUGAGGAGGUGUUAAUGUCGCGAGCUAAAGGCUAAAAGGAUAACAACAACAACAACAACAACAACAACUUAGCAAGAAUAACAACAGAAUGUCUCCUCCGUCCUUACAUCCUCCCCUGUCUCCUCCUUCCUUACACCCCCCUCUGUCUCCUGUAUCCUUACAUCCUCCUCUGUCUCCUCAACCCCCCACCCCACCCCAGUGUGGUUACAGUUUUCCCGCCCAGACUCAGUCCGAUCUUCGGACCGUUCGUUCGCUCUUCUCGGACCUUCGACUCUACGUGGAUUUUUACUGUGAGUAUCAGAAUCUCCAGAGUUUCACUGAAACAGACAAACAGGAGAGUUCAGAGGAGGAGCUCCAGUGUUCGCAGCUCAGAUCAUCAAUAAUUCUGAUGUUUGUGGUUUUUAUCGGGAUUCACGACGAUUGUUGCUGAUGUUUAUUUGAUUCUUGUUUUUCCGACAUUUCUCACUCUCGGCUGUUUUUUGUUUGCAGGUUUUCCGAACAAAGAGAAGAAGAGGCUGCUGUACCUGGCUGGGACCCUUCCUGUUCAGUAUGAAGGUGCGAUCAGUUCUCCAUCAGAUUUCAGAUCAGCUGACUCGUUUUAUAAAAACUUAAAACACGGUCAAAGUCAGGAUGAAGUUAUACGGGUGAACCGAAGAGUUAUGCUGCGUUCCAGUUGUACUCGAUAGUCGGGAUUUCCGAGCUCCGAAUUGGAAAUCCAUCUGGAACGCCCCCGUGAAGUCAGAUUUAUGACUCAGAAAAUCAGACGAUCCUCGCCAACCCCGACUUGACAACAACGUCAUUAUCCAAGAUGGCAGCGCAGUGCGUCAACAGUAAAGAGUGACAGUAAAAGCUCUCCUAAUGUUUUAUUUAUUCGCACUUCUGUUUUUAAGAACUGAAGUGGUUUAUGUUGUUCAGCCCGACGUCUAACAGUGAACACGGUGCUGUGCUGUUUGAAAAUACUGUGGUAUGUGUUUGUUUACAACUGGUAUAGCUAACAACAACUAACAACCGCUAACAACGAUCGACAACGGCUAAUGACAAUUGUAAACAAAAGCUAACAACAGGUAACUGUAGGCAUCCAUCUUGCUUUUCCGACCUGUUUACUGGAACGCCGUCAACUUGGACGUAACGUCAUUCCCAGCUCCGACAUCAGACUUCCGAGGAAACUGGAACACAGGAUAAUUAAACAGAGCAAACAAACAAGAUCAGUAACCAUGGUAACUUGGAAUAAAAGGGGUGGAUUGAUGGAACAGUCACAAGAAGGGUCAGCCACCAAAACCAGCCUGAGUGAUGAUGAUGAAGAUGAGGAAGAUGAUGAGGAUGAUGAUGAGGAUGAUGAGGAUGGUGAUGAUGAAGAUGAUGAUGAUGAUGAAGAUGAUGAUGAUGAUGAGGAUGAGGAAGAUGAGGAUGAGGAUGAUGAUGAUGAUGAUGAUGGUGAUGAUGAUGAUGAUGAUGAUGAUGAUGAUGGUGAUGAUGAUGAUGAUGAUGAUGAUGGUGAUGAUGAUGAUGAUGAGGAUGAUGAUGAGGAUGAGGAUGAUGAGGAUGAUAAUCAUGAUGAGGAUGAUGAUGAUGAUGAUGAUGAUGAGGAUGAGGAUGAUGGUGAUGAUGAGGAUGAUGAUGGUGAUGAUGAUGAUGAUGAUGAUGUUCAUCUCCAUAUCUGUAAUAAUUAAUCUGUUCUCACCUUUGCUCAUGCUUUUAUUUUGACACUCUGGUUUCCUUUGUCAAACAGGAAGUGAGUAUAACAUCCCCGUCUGUAUUUGGCUCCAUGAGUCCCACCCUGCGUCCCGCCCUCGCUGCUACGUCUGUCCCUCCGUCUCCAUGGUGAUAAAUCCCACCUGUCCUCAUGUGGACGCCUCAGGAAACAUCAGCCUGGACGCUCUGAGGAGCUGGACUCAGGUGAGCGUGUAUUAGCAAUCAGAAAAUAACUGGGCCAAUCAGUGACUGUGUUUCCACCGUUUCCCGGACAACAGGGAAAGGCAGCCCCUGAUUGGUCCAUGUGUAGAUGGUGACGUCUAACACAUGCUGCGGGACUUUUCAAAGCGCCGUUCAUUCAGAACACCGUAAAUUCUGCAGCUGACUUUGCGAAGUCGGCAGAAAUCGUUUAGAUCCGCAGAAGAAGACGUAGAAGACGUUGUUCGCUCGCACACGUUGAAAUAUUACCAAACCUUAACUUGAUGCUGGAGAGCCCAGCAGGGAACAUGGCUGCUCACUGUGAUGACGUCAGAUGUUUGGUUACAGUAGUCUGUCUAUCAAGGAAAGUAAUCCCGCCCACUUUCAGGGCUCCCAAUUGGCCGAAGUCCAGACUGUUGUGAGAACGAACGGCAAGUGAUUCACACAACUGGAUGGCCCAGCCAGGCUAGUGAACUGGCUGGACUGGAAACCAGUCUGUACUUUACCUAUCCCAGUGUGGACCAUUAGCCAGAAUAAGGUUUGGAUCAGGGGACAGCUCCAGGACCUCCUCCAGGACCUCCUCCAGGACCUCCCGCCUCUAUCAGACCUUCAUUCAGAGGUCUGAACAUCUCCACAGACACGCCCACUCUGAGGUCCAUAUAUGGGAACUCAGCAGGAAGUGGGCGGAGUCAAUAGAUAGACAGAUUCUUUAUUAAAGAACCCCUUUUGUAAAUCUGACCACAGCAGCAGACGGAUGAGGGCGUGGUCAUCCACCGCCAUGGCGGACUGAAGAGGGUCGAUGUGGACUAGGAUGUCCUCUAGACUGAGCAGAGAGGUCUCACCUGGUGAGACCGGUCCUCACGGUGUCAUCUGUUCUGGUCCUCUCAGGGCGGGUCCAACCUCUCACUGCUGGUGUCAGAGAUGAGGCAGGCAUUCCAAAAGACCACGCCCCUUUACGCUCGACAUCCUGGACCAGCCCCGCCCACUGCAGGGGCUCAAACAUCACCGUCAGCUGGAAGGUGAGAAUCAGAACACCUGAGCAGGUACCUGGUUCUGGUUCUGGUUCUGGUUCAGAGUAAGAACAUGAAAACAAUCACUGAACUUCUGUUUCUCGUCCUGCAGACAGACGCCGUCCUCCUCCUCCUCCUCCUCCUCAUUCCUCGUGUCUGGACUGACAGGUGACCUCUCAGUGAUCAUGUGACCACUGUCUGAGCAGAGCGUGUUAGCAUACAUACAGUGGUUGUCAGCGUGUUAGCAUACAUACAGUGGUAGUUAGCGUGUUAGCAUACAUACAGUGGUUGUCAGCAUGUUAGCAUUGUUGUUGUUCCUGAUUGGUUGAAGCCUCUUCCUCUGUUGCAGCCGGCCAAUCAGAGCAGAGUCGGCAGGUAAAGGUGAGGAGGUCGUACACGGAGGAGCUGCUCGGCAUCGACUUUAGCGCUCCUCCUGUUUCAGCCGACGCCCACUUCAUAAGCCCCGCCCACUCCUCAGGUGAGAUUUUUCAAAGAACCAAUGGCGUGAUAGAACAGUGUGAUUAGGCCACGCCUACAGGAAGAGUUCUGCAGGUGACUGUAGUCCUGAAUAAAGUCCUGAAUGAGGUUCUGGUUCUGAUGGUUCUUCUGGAGUUCUUGGUUUUGUUCCUGGACCAGGUCUAGCCUCUGUGGACCCCCUCAGGGGGAUGAUGGGAACUCUCACCUUGGACUCCGACAGAAACCGUGUCAGCGGCACACCUGGACGGAUGAUCCAAUCAGAGACCGCCUCACACAGAACUUCUGCAGGUCUUACUGAUCCGGUACAGGGUUCUGAACCGAAGAACUUUCAUCCAGACCAGGUCCAGGUGAGACCAGUUUGUGAGUCUCAGACACAGCUCUUUGUCCUGGUCUCAGCUGGACUCACUCUGUGCCCCCCCCCCCCCCGUAGAUGGCGUCUCGUCUCCAUGGAAACCAAAGGGCCCUGUUCCUGUCUCUGAUGACGCUGAAGGGGCGGAGCUUCAGUCCAGACGACGUCCUGGAGGCGGUUCAGCUGAACCGGGACUUCCCUUCAGCUCUAAAGUUCCUGACUCACUGCUGCCCCCUCUGUCAGGACCAGGUGUCCUUCAGCAAGGUGAGUCUGAGCCAAUCAGAGACCAGCUGAGUCUGAGCCAAUCAGAGACCAGACAGUCAUCACCUUCUUCUUCUCUGUGGACUUUUGUUGUAGACGUCACUCUGACUGUUUUUGAUUGUUCGUCUUUAUCCUCCUGCUGACUGUAAAUACUGAGUACUAUGGUAGUUCAGUCUGACUGUAAGUCGUCUGUUAUUCUGUAGUUUGGUUGUCCUGGUUUAACUGGUUUAACUGGUUUAACUGGUUUCCAGUCCGUCAUACUCUGGUAAAUUACAGCGACACUCAGAGUUCUUCGUUUAUUUACAAACAGAAAAAAAUCUUUAAUUUGAUUUUUUCUGUUUUUUAGUCCAGAACCAUCAGAACCUGUUCUGUCUCUGCGAUGACUCGUCGAUGAUCCGGCGUCGUUUGAUUCUCAUCACGGCGCCGUAAACACAGCAGACGUUCAGACGGUCAAAUAUCGUCUGAUUGAGUCCGACUGUUUUAACGUUUACUCGCCUUUCUGCGUUAAAGCUUCAGACCUCCUCUAAUGUCAGCUGACUGUCCAGCUGUGCGAUGGAAACAUGGCUGAUGGCGUGCGCUGUGUGUGGUCAUCAUCAGGCGUAGCUACAGAAUAAAAGACGAGGAGAAGGUGGAGAAUCAGGAGAUAAAAACUGUCCGGUAUGAAAACAAACGUUCUUGUCAGAAAGAAGAAGAAGAAGAAGAAGAAGGAGAAGGAGAAGAAGAAGAAGAAGAAGAAGAAGAAGGAGAAGAAGAAGAAGAAGAAGGAGAAGAAGAAGAAGAAGAAGGAGAAGAAGAAGAAGAAGAAGAAGGAGGAGAAGAAGAAGACGAAGAAGAAGAAGAAGGAGAAUAAGAAGAAGAAGAAGGAGAAGAAGAAGAAGAAGAAGAAGAAGAAGAAGGAGAAUAAGAAGAAGAAGAAGAAGAAGAAGGAGAAGGAGAAGAAGAAGAAGGAGAAGAAGAAGAAGAAGAAGAAGAAGAAGAAGAAGAAGAAGAAGAAGAAGAAGAAGAAGAAGAAGAAGAAGAAGAAGAAGAAGGAGAAGAAGACGAAGAAGAAGAAGAAGAAGAAGAAGAAGAAGACAGGCUGUCAGGAGGUCGAAUCUUUUAGCCGUCCUCUUGAACGCUCCGCUCAAACGUUUCUCCGCUCUUCGCUAUUCCACCAUCUGCCCAGGCGCUUUGCAUUGUGGGUAACAGUAGGUGAAGCAGACUGGUCUGAUUUUUUUGGUCUCCUAUUUUUGACAAACUGUAAACUUCACGUUUGUUCGCCUGCAGACUGGAAACUAAACUUAGAGGUAAAUCAGGAAGAACUGUGAGGAUAGGAGGAGGAAACGACCAAUCAAUCAUCUUCCUUAUACUUAACCCCUCCCCCCCCGUCCUCCUCUUCUUCUUCUCUGUCUGUAUUUCCUGCAGAUCGUCACCAUGACUCACUGCUCCUGCUUCCUGUGUCAGGCGUGUUUUAAGAGGUUCUUCUCGGCGGCCAUUAAAGAGAAGAGCGUCCAUCAGCUGGUUUGUCCUCAGUGUGGCCGACCUGAGGUCAAAGGUCAGGGUGGGAUGGAGGAGUCCAUGGACUACUUUAACCUUCUGGACACACAGGUGAGACCUCUUUGGACCCGGAUCAGAACAAGUCCAGACUACCAAAAUACUGUUCCUCUAUGUUCCUUUAAGCCCCGCCCCUCUAAGCCCCGCCCCCUGGCUCAUGUCUGUUUGUUUCUGCAGAUCCGUCACUUCCUGUCUCCUCAAAUCCACGAACUCUUCCAGAGAAAACUCCGAGAUCGAGCGCUGCAGGAAAUGCCGAACUUCUGCUGGUGUGCACACGUAAGGACCUCAGAUCUAGACCGGGACCUCAGGGUCUGGACCAGGACCUCAGGGUCUGGACCAGGACCACAGGGUCUGGACCAGGACCUCAGGGUCUGGACCAGGACCACAGGGUCUGGACCAGGACCUCAGGGUCUGGAUCAGGACCUCAGGGUCUGGAUCAGGACCUCAGGGUCUGGACCAGGACCUCAGGGUCUGGAUCAGGACCACAGGGUCUGGAUCAGGACUCGGGAGUCCAGAUCAGAGCAUCAGGUAUAGAUAUUUAAAAAAUAUACAUCUAACCCCAAACUAUGUGUGUGUGUGUGUCUGUGUGUGUGUGUGUGUGUGUGUCUGUGUGUCUGUGUGUCUGUGUGUCUGUGUGUCUGUGUGUGUCUCUGUGUGUGUGUGUGUGUGUGUGUGUGUGUGUGUGUGUGUGUGUGUCUGUGUGUGUGUGUGUCUGUGUGUGUGUGUGUCUGUGUGUGUGUGUGUCUGUGUGUCUGUGUGUGUGUGUGUCUGUGUGUCUGUGUGUGUGUGUGUGUGUGUGUCUGUGUGUGUGUGUGUCUGUGUGUGUGUGUGUCUGUGUGUGUGUGUGUCUGUGUGUGUGUGUGUGUGUGUCUGUGUGUGUGUGUGUGUGUGUGUGUGUGUGUGUGUGUCUGUGUGUGUGUGUGUCUGUGUGUGUGUGUGUGUGUUUCAGUGUUCCUUCGGUUUUCUCCAUGAAGCUCAGAGGUUGAGGAUGGACUGUCCGAGCUGCAAGAAGAGCACCUGCAGUCAGUGUAGAUCACCUGUAAGACACACACACACACACACACACACACACACACACACACACAGAGACACACACACACACACACAGAGACACACACACACACACACAGUCUCUAACACGUGUUAUUCUGUAUCUCUGUGUGUGUGUUUUGUGUCUCUGUGUGUGUGUGUGUAUUUUCUCUGUGUGUGUGUGUGUGUUUUGUGUGUGUCUCUAUGUGUGUGUGUGUGUGUAUUUUCUCUGUGUGUGUGUGUGUGUUUUGUGUCUCUCUGUGUGUGUUUUGUGUGUGUCUCUGUGUGUGUGUGUGUUUUGUGUCUCUGUGUGUGUGUGUGUGUGUGUGUGUGUGUGUUUUGUGUCUCUGUGUGUGUAUUUCCUCUGUGUGUGUGUGUUAUUCUGUGUCUCUGUGUGUGUCUCUGUGUGUGUAUUUUCUGUGUGUGUGUCUGUGUGUGUGUGUUUUGUCUCUGUGUGUAUUUCCUCUGUGUGUGUUUUGUGUGUGUGUGUCUCUGUGUGUAUUUCCUCUGUGUGUGUUUUGUGUGUGUGUGUCUCUGUGUGUGUGUGUGUGUGUCUCUGUGUGUGUAUUUUCUGUGUGUGUGUCUGUGUGUGUCUCUGUGUGUAUUUCCUCUGUGUGUGUGUCUGUGUGUGUCUCUGUGUGUGUAUUUCCUCUGUGUGUGUGUUUUGUGUGUGUCUCUGUGUGUGUGUCUGUGUGUGUGUAUUUUCUCUGUCUGUGUGUGUCUCUGUGUGUGUAUUUUCUCUGUGUGUGUGUGUUUUGUGUCUCUGUGUGUGUUUUGUGUGUGUGUGUGUUGCAGUGGUCUCCUCAGCACCAGGGUCGGUCCUGUCAGCAGUUCAGAUUCUUGCAGCUUCAGAACCAGCAGGACCAGAACCUCGCCCCCCCCUCUCCUGGCUACAACAGCAUCGGUACGGGGACUACCAGAACCAGAACCAGAACCAUUGGUAGAUUCAGAUCUAGAACCAGGGCUUAAACAAGGACCAGAACCAGAACCAGAGCUCGAACCCCCCCAAACUUCCUCUGAGUGUCGAAUUAUCGGAUUUCUACGACCUUUUCUGUGGGUUUGUGUUUUUUCAUCCUCUCUGUGAUUGGUCGGUUCCUCGUUAUUUUAACCAUCUAAGAGGAUCAAUAAUCUGAUCUGAGAGGCCCCGCCCAUUCUCACAGGAAACGUUUUUAAACUUUAUCGACACCAAACUAAAGUGACGAUCGUUUUUAUCUCGUUAAAUUUUCCCACGUUAGUUUAAAUUUGUUUUUAUCUUUGGAGUUAAAGUUUAAAGUUUCGACGACGUUUCGGAGAGAGACGUUAUCUCAUGAAGUUUUGGUUUCACUUUUGAACAGUCGACCUGAACAUGAAUCAGAAACAAACUCCUCCCCCUUUACUGCAGCGGCUCAAUAAUUUCAUAUUGACUCUUUACUUCCAGAUUUUAUUACAUUUACAAAUAAAAACAAAAGUGUUUUUUUUUUUUUUACGUCUCUGUCCUCGUCGCUCCUUUUCUCCGUCAAACUGUAACAAACAUCAUAAAUGAACAGAAAGCAUGAUUGACAGCUGUCUGUUAGCGAAGAUUUCUGAUCGGACAAACGUUGACGGAGUUCCUGUGGUCGCCGCCGCAGGUCAAAUAUUACCGUAAAUAUCGGUUCAGUCGUGGUCACGACUCGGGUCGUUUCGUACCUUUGCGUAUUUUUAGCGGAUUUACGGCGUUUUCCUGCGACGACAUCAGGACCAGAACUUUAGCUCAGGAGGUCCAGGUUCUGAUGAGAGUCCAGAGAUCUGAUCUGAUCAGUGUGUGUGUGUGUGUGUGUGUCCUCAGAGUGUCCUCGCUGUCUCUCCGUCUUCAGUCUGUCCAGAGGUGGAUGUCUCCACUUCACCUGUUCUCAGUGUCUCCAUCAGUUCUGUGGCGGCUGCAGUCAGACCUUCAGUCCAGGAUCUGUGAGUCCACUUCUUCAGUCCCAACAUGAUCGGACUCACCUGGACUCACCUGGACUCACCUUCUUCUGUGUCCUCAGGUCUGCAGCUUCUCAGCCGACUGUAAGACCAAAGGUCUUCACGCCCACCACCCCCGAGACUGUCUGUACCACCUGAGGGACUGGACCGUGCCCCGCCUACACCUGCUGCUCCAGGUAAGAGCUCCUGACAGACUGCCCCGCCCCCUGACAGACUGCUCCGCCCCCUGACAGACUGCCCCACCCCUCCCCCUGACAGACCGCCCCGCCUCCUGACAGACUGCCCCACCUCCUGACAGACUGCCCCGCCUCCUGACAGACCGCCCCGCCCCCUGACAGACUGCCUCGCCUCCUCACAGACCGCCCCCUGACAGACUGCCCCACCUCCUGACAGACCGCCCCACCCCUCCCCCUGACAGACCGCCCCGCCCCCUGACAGACUGCCCCGCCCACACCUGCUGACUGCAUGUUAUCUCUCAGUAUUACAGAGUCUCUCCCACAUGGUUGGAACCGGCCAAUAGCGGCUCACCUGGUGGCGGUCGGACAGGUGAGGGUUCCUCCUGCUCCUCAGGUAGACUCUGGCUCCGCCCACCUGUUUGACUGAAAGGUGGUGUAUUUGCCUCCAGGUGUGUGUUUAGUUUUGGAGGUGAGAGAUGAUGGCAGCGAGGGGGAGGAGCCAUGUGGACGCCCCGCCCCCCCAGAGUUCAGAGGUUACUGCCAGUAAGGCCGGUCUUAUCUGUUCAUCACCUUUUUACCUGUAAACCUGAUUAUGUGUUUGUUUAUGAAGGCUCCGCCCCUCUGUUCUGAUAGGUCGCACUAUAAGGAGCGUUUGGUGGAGCUCAUCAACCGUUGCCGUGGCGACCCAGCAGUCCUGUUCAGCGUGGCGGAGAUGAAGGCGGAGCUUCAGCGCUGGCUCGUUGAGGUACCGACCCGAAAACCAGACGAACCGGAGCUGGCGUACACUCAGCGCCUCCUACUGGUCAGUGACAUCACUGUUAACCCUCGGCUUCCUGUUCGGCUCCAUCCGACCGUGUUUGUCCUCAAAGUGCAGAUCGGCAUAAAGACGAUAAAUCGUUCGAACUUUUUUAAACUUUUACUGCUUCAAAUAAAUAAAUAAUCAAUAAAUAAAUCAAUCAAUAAUCAAUCAGUUGGAUGUUUCGCCGUUUUUACGCCGGUUCUUCUCGUCAGACCUGAAGUCUAUUAGAGCAGAAAAACACGCCGGCUUGACCUCCUCAUCUCGACCCCUGACCUCCAGAGAAGGAGGACGAUGUAAAUUAACACUUGGACACACAGACACACACAGACACACACACACACACACACACACACACACAUAUGUGUGUGUGUGUGUGUGUCUGUGUGUGUGGAACAGUAAACUCUCGUGAUCGAAUGACUUUAAAAAAAUGUUGGUAAAUGUUGUUUUGGCGCCGUAAACCCUGACGUCACAUUUCUGACAAACACGGCUGGACGGAGCGAAAACGAGUCGACAGAUUUUGACGAGAAAAUAAAAACUUUCAAAAUAAAGGAGCUGAGGUUUAAUAGACACAUUUAAUUUACUAGAAGGAGUUUUAAUGUGAAAGACAGGAAGUGAUGACUGUUAUAUUCUAGCCAAUCACAGCACAGGAUCCUUUCUGUCUCCUCAGACACUGACCAAUAGCGUCCCUCUCAGAAAGCAGCGGCACUCACAGCUCAAACCCAACACUGACCUUUGCCCUCUGAGCACUCCCUUAACACCAGGAGCUCCGCCCCCUUACCUGCUGCUCAGGGACUAGCUCCGCCCCUCCGUACACGUCUGCCAAUAGGAGGCGGCGUUCUGUAACUAACUCUAAAGGAGAGGGAUGAUGAGACCUGGACCACACCCCCUCAGUGACAUCACAUCAGGUGAGGCGACGGGUGUGACAUCACAGGUUGGACCAAUGGAAACUGACCAAUCUAAACUGAGCUCUUUAGUCAUGUGACUCGAUCUGUGACAGUGUUGGUUCUAAUCGGUGUCUCUGCUACCAUGGUAACGACAAAAAUAGAGCCAGCAGCCAAUCAGAGCUCAGCGCUGACGUUAGCCUAAACAAGCUAAUGAUGCUAACCAGCCAGGUGUGUACCUGUUAGCAUGUGUUAGCGUGUGUUAGCGUGUGUUAGCAUGUGUUAGCGUUGUCUUCGCAGGUGAACUGAGUUUUUUUCGCACUUUAACACUUUAAAUAAAAAUAUUUAAUAAAUCUGAAAUGUUGUUUUCAGACCUUUGUUUCCAUGACAACGCAGUGAUUUAAAGACGUAAACAUUUCUGUUCGGUUUGUAAAUAAAGUUUAAUCAUGAAAAAAAUUUUACAAACUACAAACUCAAAGUUCCCAUGAUGCACUACAGCUGGUCACUCUGUGGGGGGCGGGGCGUCGUCUCUCGGAGGACUGAAGGCGUCGAUCUCUUUAACGAUUCGUUCGGCGAUGAUUCGGUUGUUAGCGGCGACGACUCUCCUGGACAUCAGAUCCACCUCGCCACCUGAAAACAGACCGAUCAGACGUCUGAGACCGAACACGCCAAACCCCCCCCCAGGCCCUGAGUCCCUCCUAUCAUCGUCAUGGUUACCGUCCACGUCCAUCAGGACUCCUCCGGCCUCGGAGACGAUCAGUGAACCUGCAGCGACGUCCCAAACAUGGAUCCCGAUCUCAUAGUACGCCUCAACGCAACCGGACGCCACCAGACACAUGUUCACGGCCGCCGUUCCUGCUUCACGCACGCUGACGCACACACACACACACACACACACACACACACACACACAUUCAGACAAUAUUUGUUAAACUUCAAUAUUUAGUUUCAGUUUUUCUAACGUCUCUGUUCUUGUUUUUGUCGUAUUUUCAGUCGUUUUCCUGUUUUUUUUUUUUUUAUUUGAGGUCAAAGUAAAACUUCAUAUCAAUAAUAAAUAUUUUUUUAAUAAGUAUUUUAAGUUUACUCCAGGUUUUAUAAAAGUAUGAGCACUUUUAUUCAAAUAUUUUUGUCAUACACUUUUAGAGUUGUCGCAGUAUUUUGUCGCAGUAUUUUGUCGCAGUAUUUUGUCGCAGUAUUCGAAGUGUUACCCGUGUACUGGGAUGGUCAGGACGUUCUUCAGGCUCGCCAUGAUGUGGUCGACGGUUUCCGGCUCUCUGGACGAUCCGAACUCUGUGGCGAUCAUCGAUUGGCUGAUGUCUAUUAGAGAGGAGGAGUCAGUCAUGAGCUUCUUUCUGAUUGGAUGUGAGGAAGAUGACAUCAUGUAGGUAUGUACUUUGGUCACUGUAAUAAGUUAUUGAUCAGUGUUCAGAUAAUUGACCUUUCUGAUCAGAAACCUGCAGAGGCUGACCGUUACAGAACGCUCCCCUCCCCCUCCUCGCCGUGAACAUCUUAUCCUCCAGACAGCUGUAGACCACGCCGAACUCCAUCUACACAGUCCGCCUCACAAUUACACACACAUGUACGUACUUCUGUGUAUUUAUAUAGACAGAGUAAAACAAGAGUCCGAUAUACUGCAGUCUGAACGUGUCAAUAUGGAACCAAUAAGUUUUCAUUGAUCAACUCUGAACAUGAAGAGAAUAAACAGUGUUUAGUGUUAUGACUGUAUAAAGCUACAGUUUAUAUAUGAGUGUGUGUGUGUCUGUGAGUGUGUGAGUGUGAGUGUGUGUGUGUGAGUGUGUGUGUCUGUGUGUGUGAGUGUGUGUGUGUGUGUGGAGGAGACUCGCCUGUUUGUUGACAGAGAAUCCGAUAGAAACGGCGACGAAAGGAAAUCUGUGAAAAACCCGAUAAAGAUAUUCAGACCCGGUCAGAGUGAGUCCGUCAGAACGAUCAAUAAUCACACUAAUUAAACUGAAAACGAUGACAGUAAUAAUAAUUAUGUUUAAUUACAUUUAGAGACGAGUCAGAAUGUCAAAGUUAAUGUCAAUAUUUCUAUUAAUAAUCACCUUUAUUUGUGUUUGUGUGUGUUUGUGUGUGUUUUAUUGUGUAUUUGUGUGUUUUAUUGUGUGUUUUAUUGUGUGAACUGUCCCUUUAAUCGUGUUUUUUUUUCUUUUCUCGUUUAGUCGGUGAUGAUGUCAUCAGAGAAACUCACGCGUGAACGAAGUUGGUGGUCCCGUCGAUCGGGUCGAUGAUCCAGGUGGGCUCGUCAGUCAGAACACACGGCUCACCUGCAGCGACAGACUCCUCCCCUAUGAACCUGACACACACACACACACACACACACACACACACAGCUCUUUACCUGUGUGUGUGUGUGUGCGUGUGUGUGUGUUAUUCAUCAGACCCUCUUACCUGUGCGAGGGGAAUUUCUCCUUCACUGAUUGGAUGAUCAGCCUCUCCACUUUCUGGUCCGUCUGAGUUACCAGGUCAACAGACGAACUUUUCGUCAUCACCUUCCUGUCAGCCUGCAGGGCCUCCCGCACCACCUGACCACAACACACACACAACACACACACACAUGAUCAGCACUUGAACCACACAGACACACACGCACGCACAUACACACACUGACCUCUCCAGCCUUGCGUGCGGCGCUCACAGCGUGGUCCAUGGCGUUCUGCCAGAGGUCUGCCAUGUUGAAGGAUCGGCGCCGUAAAAGGUCUGGAAACAGAGAGUGAGCGAGUUUUUUUAAAUCCUUAUUUAACCUCCGAACGGAGAAAAAGUCCGAGAACAGAAUUUUUAAAAAAUCACUGUAAAGAAUAAAAAUAUCAGAGUACAGUCUAAAAAAACAUGGUGAAGAUAAAUGAUGAUAUUUUAGUAUGAAAACAUGUCAACAGAUCAAUAUUGAAGUUUUAUAAAUGAUCAUACAAAUAUCAUAGAAUAGUGUGAUACAAACGUCCUACUAUAGUAUGUAAACAUAAAACUAAAGUAUAAUAAAAACUGAGAAUGAUAAAAUGAUCAUCGAUUAAUAGAAUUAUGUGAUAGUAUAGUUUGAAAAAAAUGUCACAAUAUAGUAUGAUAAAAACUUCAUUAUAAAGUAUUAAAAAUAUAGUAUAGUAUGAUAAAAAUAUGAUAGUAUAGUAUGAUAAAAAUAUGAUAGUAUAGUAUGAUAAAAAUAUGAUAGUAUAGUAUGAUAAAAAUAUGAUAGUAUAGUAUGAUAAAGAUAUGAUAGUAUAGUAUGAUAAAAAUAUGAUAGUAUAGUAUGAUAAAGAUCAUGGUAAAGUAUGUUAAUAAAAUCCUGUUAUAGUUUUAUAAAAGGAUCUCCUGCGACCUGGACGGCACUUUAGCCUCACAACAUGAAGCUCCUGGGUUUGUGUCCCGGUUCGGUGAUUAAAAUAAAGUAUGAAAAAAAUGUUUCAGUUUAAUUUGAUUAAAAAAAAAAAAAAGUCAUAGUAUACCAUGAUAAACUUUUAUAUUUAAGUGUGAAAAAAGUGAUAAAAAUGUCAUUCUAAUAUGAAACCAUUUGAAAUUUUUGUUCAGCAAAAUAUUAUAGUAUAGAAUAUUAAACAAAUAUGAGUAUAGUAUCAUUAAAAAAUAUUCAUAUUAAACUAUAAUAAAAACUUUGAAUUUCAGUAUGACUGAUGAAAAUGUCAGUAUAUUAUGAUAGAAUUUAACAUUUCAGUAUGAAAAACAUGGAAAUACAUGUUAUAGUAUAAUAAGAAUGUAAAAGUUAAGUGUCUAAAAAAUGUUAUAGAAUAGUAUUAUAAUAAGUCGUAGUAUUAUAUAGAACAAUAUGUCAUAGUAUAGGAUGAAAAAAGUUUCACAUUAUAGGAUGGAAAUUUUCAAAAAGUAUAGUAUGAUAUAAAAGUCAUAUUAAGGUAUGAAAAAUUGAUAAAAAAGUAAAAGUAUAGUUGAUAAAAAUGUCAUGGUAUACCAUGAUAAGAAUUUCAAAUGUAAGCCUGACCAAAAUGUCAUUUUAUAGUAUGAUAAAUGUUCAAAUUAUACUUUCAUAAAAAUAUCAAAGUUAACCAUGUGAAAAAAUGUCAUAGUUUAGUAUGUAAUAGAAAAAUGUAUUGUCUUUUAAAAAUGUCACAGAAAACUAUAAAACUAUUUAAAAAUAGUCAUAGUAAAGUAAGAUAAAAAAAUAAUAAUUUUAGUAUAAAAAUAUCAAAGUAUAGUUUGACAAAAAUUUCAUUAAAUACUGAUAAAAACUUUGUUAAAUUGUUGAUUAAGGUGAAAAUGUCACAUAAAAGUAUGAUCAAAAUUUCUCAUAGUUUACUGUAAUAUAAAUAGUAAAAAAAUUUGGUAUUUCAAAAACGUCAAAGUAAAAUAUGAUAAAAUUAAAAUAGUUUAGUAUGACAGAAAAUUUCCUCGUAUACUGUGUUAAAAAUGUGAAAUUUUAGCAUGAAAUAAAUUAUAAAACAUAUCAUAGUAUAGUAUAAUAAAAAAGGUCAUUGCAUAGUAUGACAAAAAAAUCCAAUUUUAGUAUGUUAAAAAAACACUCAUAGUAUAGUAAGAUAAAAAUAUUAUAGUAUGAUAAAAAAAAUAAUUUUAGUAUUAAAAAUGUCCUCGUCAAGUAUGACAGAAAUGUCAUUAAAGACUCUGAUUAAAAAAAAUUAAAUUUGAGCAUUAAAAAUAAUGAUAAUAAUAUCAAAGUACAGUAUCAUUAAAAAUUCUCAUAGUUUACUAUUAUAAAAAUAAUUCAAAAUUUGGGUAUGUUUAAAAAAAGCCAUUGUAUAGUAUGAUUAAACUAUAAUUGUAUAGUAUGAUAAAAAUGAAAUAGUAUAGUUUGGCAAUAACAAAAAAAAGUAUAGUAUGAUAAAGAUUUCAAUUUUAGUAUUUCAAAAAUGUCACUGUAUACUAUGUUAAAAAAUUCAUGGUUUAUUAUGAUAAAAAAUAUCAGUUUACUCUGAUAAAAAUGUAAAAAACUAUUUAAGUAUACCAUGAAAUAAAUGAUACAGUAUAGUAUGACAAAAAUUCAAUUAGUUUGAAAAAAAGUCAUAUCUUAGUAUGAUAAAAAAAAUGAAAAAACAAUACAGUAUAGUAAAAGAUUUUCAAAGUAUAGUAUGAUAAAAUUAUUUUAUGAUUAAAAAUGUCAUACUAUACAAUAAUUCAAAUUUCUGUAUAAAAAAUGUUACAGAUAAUAAUGUAAAAUUUACAUUUUAGCAAAAAAAAUCAUAGUAAAGUAUUAUAAAAAUAUCAGUGUAGUAUGAUAAAUGUCAUAGUAUAGUAUGAAAAAAUAUAUAAACGAAUAUGAUAAAAAAAACUUCUGUUAAAAAAGUUAAGUGUUAUAAAAAUGUCAUAGUAUACUGUAAUAAUUAUUUCAAGUAUUAAGAAUGAAAAAAAAUUCCUAGUAAACUGUUAAAUUUAAAUUUUAGCAAAAAGAAAAUAUAGUAAAGUAUGAUUUAAAAAAGUCAUCGUAAAGUUACGACAAAAAAUGUCAUAAAAAGCUUUGAUAGAAAUUUUUAAAUUUGACUAAGUAAAUAUCAGUAAAUAUAAAUAUAAUAUACUAUAAAAAACUCAAAUGUUAUUACGUUAAUAAAAUGAUAAAAGUCUGUUGUGUAUGGAGUCUAUUUUCUGAUUAUAUUCUGGAGCCUCUAUUGUCUGUAUUGUUUCUGUAUGUGAUAUGUCUGUGUGCGUACGGUUCGAACACUCUGAUCCUUGACUUGUUUUUGCAGGACUGUGCUGUGAUUACAUUGGAGUCUGUUUUUGUUUUGGGGAUUAGGUGUUAAUGAAAGAAAAAUGUGCUUAAUUUUUAAUUUAAAUAUUUUCUAAAAAUAAAUAAAAAUGGACCAAUAUCCACA